GUUGUGCUAGUCUGACUCGAGGCGUCUUGUCAAAGAGGACAACUUGCUUUAAAAUAACCUGAAAACAACUCAUUCUGGGGUUUUUUUUCCAGCGGCGCGGCGUAACGUGACGUUAAUUGUGAAGUAAACGUAGGAAUCUGUCCUUUUAAAAUAUCCCACUACACAUUUAUCUUAACGUUUGUUGUACCGCCUCUCAAAGCGGCUGUCAGAUCAACAUCUGCCUCAAAACUAACGCGAAUAUCCGUUUAGAAACAGAUGUGAAACUUUCAGUUAGUUUUAGUAAGAGCCCAGCAGCAUGUUUUAAUUAUUAGUUUACACAAAACGAACUUUAAGCGAAGUCACAUUUCAUUAAAGACCACAUUUUGCGCUUGAAGUCUGUCAGUUAAACUCGCUGACGGUGUUAAUGAACAGUAAAAGCCCGCGAAUAUUUCAAGUAUUGUGUAUUUCGGUUAGUUUCAGCACAUCGAUCCAUCAUAAGUGUCUGUUAAAUGCGUUUUGCCGAUAUUUGUGCUGUUUUUCGGUGUCCUGAGGAGGAAAAGCUGAUGGUUGAGCCCGAGGGACACCGCUUUAUUAUGUCGCUUUUUUUACAGCAGGGCUGAAGGGAAAUUUAAAGGACCUAAAAAUAAAGUGUCGGUUUCUACUCCACAAAGAAUCAUUUGAACUUCCUACCGCAGAAGGAGAAGGACAUAAAUAGUUCUGACAUGUGGAUGUAAUUUCAGGAAAAAAGGCAGACAGAUGCAGAGAAAUAAAACGCUAGCGGGAGAGAGAGAGAGUGGGAAGAGAUCUGUGACAAGGAAAAGCCGUGAGAAAAUAUUCAUAAUUUCACAAGCGAACGAUGUAAUGGGAGGGCAGCAGAUGGACGAGAAAUGACUGGCUCUUUAUCGGCGCUUAAACAGACGCAAACCUCAGAGAAACCCGUGUAAUCUGACAGCAGUUUGAGUGAACCGAGGCGGGAUGGGAGCCACGCUGGUCGUGCACACUUUAGGGCUCCUCUUCUGCGGCACCUUGCUGAGCUUCGUCUAUGGUCUGGUUGAUGCUGAUGAUGUCCUCACGAAAGAGGAACAACUCUAUGUUCUGUUCACCGCAAAGCGGAAGUGCGAGCUGGUGAUCAAGUCCAAACAUAAAACUGAGGGUUUCUGCUCGCCAGAGUGGGAUGGCAUCGUGUGCUGGCCCGAGGGUCUUCCUGGGAGGAUGGUGUCCACCGCCUGUCCGGAGUACAUAUAUGACUUCAACCACAAAGGCCAUGCCUACCGGCGCUGUGACUUCAACGGGACCUGGGAACUGGCCUCGAACAACAACAAGACCUGGGCGAACUACAGCGAGUGCGCCAAGUUCCUCACCCAUUACAACCCGAACCAAGAGAGGGAGGUUUUCCACAGGCUUUACCUGAUCUACACGGUGGGCUACUCCAUCUCUCUGGGCUCACUGAUGGUGGCGACUGUCAUCCUCGGAUACUUCCGGCGGCUGCACUGCACCAGAAACUACAUCCACAUGCACUUGUUUGUAUCGUUCAUGUUGAGGGCCAUUAGUAUAUUUGUGAAAGAUGUGGUGUUGUACUCUGGUGCUGCGUUGCAGGAAAUGGAACGAAUCACAGUGGAGGAUCUCAAAUCCAUCACAGAAGCCCCUCCUGCCAACAAAACCCAUUUUAUUGGCUGUAAGGUGGCGGUGACUCUCUUCUUGUACUUCUUGGCGACUAAUUAUUACUGGAUUCUGGUGGAAGGCCUGUACCUGCACAGCCUUAUCUUCAUGACCUUCUUCUCAGACAGGAAGUACCUCUGGGGCUUUACUCUGAUUGGAUGGGGUGUUCCUGCGAUGUUCGUCACCAUCUGGGCCAGCGUGAGAGCCACUCUUGCCGACACUGAGUGCUGGGAUUUAAGCGCAGGAAACCUGAAAUGGAUUGUGCAGAUCCCUAUUCUGACAGCAAUUGUUGUAAAUUUUUUGUUGUUCCUGAAUAUAAUCAGAGUCUUGGCAACAAAACUCCGAGAAACAAAUGCAGGGAGAUGUGACACCAGACAACAGUACAGAAAGCUGUUGAAGUCCACCCUGGUGCUCAUGCCGUUGUUCGGCGUUCACUACAUCGUCUUCAUGGCAAUGCCCUACACAGAGGUGUCCGGGGUCCCGUGGCAAAUACAGAUGCACUAUGAAAUGCUCAUUAACUCAUUCCAGGGAUUCUUUGUUGCAAUUAUAUAUUGCUUCUGCAAUGGAGAGGUCCAGGCAGAAAUCAAGAAGUCGUGGAGUCGGAGGACACUGGCUCUGGACUUCAAGAGGAAAGCCCGGAGCGGCAGCAACACGUACAGCUACGGGCCCAUGGUGUCCCACACCAGCGUGACCAACGUGACGGCCCGCGGGCCCCUGGCCCUGCACCUCACCACCCGCCUGGGGCCCGGGGCCAUCAACGGACACCGCAACCUCCCGGGGUACGUCAAGAACGGCUCCGUCUCCGAGAACUCCAUCCCGUCCUCGGGCCACGAGAACCUCCAGGCGGAGAAAACCAUCCCGGUGGUGGAGGAGGAAAGAGAAACCGUCAUGUGACUUCAGGAAGAGGACUAGUGUUGUGCAGAAAAGGGCUAGCAGGUCCUUUGUUUCCUCAGGAUUUCCUCACAGUUUGACUUGUGGGAGCAUCUCAGAUGUGUUGGAGACUCAACGGACCAACCAAAGACCAUCAGUGUCCAGUAAACGAGCCGGACUGGAACCUUCUACUGGCUUUAUUUGGAGGAUCAGGACAGAUUUCGGUUAUGGUGAACACCCUCAUAUAUCACACGAGUGUUUCACAGCGCCGGCGCUUUCAGGUCCGAUGAAGAGCGGUGAGUCUGCUUCUGAUGAAAGGUCUGGCUCUCUGGAACGUGAAUUGUAAAUAAGACAGCCGUGAGAUUUUACAUUGGACUUAUUUGAUCAGCACUAAUGUCAUUUUAUUUACACAAGUUCCGAAUGAUGCCAGAUCUGUGAUCUUUGUAUUAUAAUAGCUGUUUUUUGUUCGGAGAAUGUGAUAUUUAUAUUUCUCUAAGCCUUGAGAGUUUUAACAGUACACUGCAAAAAAAAUAUGUUCUUCCUCAGUGUUUCUGUCUUGUUUUCCAGCACAAAUAUCUCAACAUUCUUAAAUCAAGAUACAUUUACUGGAGAAACACGAUAUUAGGUCUUGUUUUCUGAAAAAUGUAUCAAAUA